AGCAGUUUAUGACAGAUGAUAGAUUAGUAUUGUCACAAUAUUCUACUUAAAAUUUAACCUAUUUUUUCUAGCUAAAAUUUCAAAAAAUCAUUUUUCAGUAACUUUCUCAAGUUCAAAUAAAAUAAUAACCAAAGUGCAAUGCAAUACAAAAAAGUAUCUCAUGUAUUAUUUGAUUUAGAUGGCUUACUAUUAGAUUCAGAAACUUUAUAUACUGAAGCAUUCACGACUGUUUGUGCCAAAUAUAACAAAACAUUCACAUGGGAAUUAAAGGCCAGUUUGCUUGGUUUCCAAGGACACGAGUGCGCCGAAAAAAUCGUUAAAACUCUGGACCUGCCCAUUACUAAAGAGGAGUUUAUGAAGGAAUGUUUUAAGAUUUACGAGGUACUGUUCCCCAAAGUGCAACUUAUGCCAGGAGCAAGAAAGCUAGUGGAACAUUUACACAAAAAAGGAGUACCAAUAGCACUGGCCACUAGCUCUAGCAAAGAUAGUGUUGAUAUGAAAAUGCAAAAUCAUAAGUAUUUAUUGAACCUUUUCCACCAUCUCACUAUGGGCAGUUCUGAUCCAGAAGUUACAAAAGGAAAGCCUGAUCCAGCAAUAUUUUUAGUGUGUGCAUCCAGGUUUCCUGAUAAACCAAAACCAGAAAAUUGCCUUGUGUUUGAAGAUGCUGUAAAUGGUGUAAAAGCAGCAUGUGCAGCCAAUAUGCAGGUGGUAGUAGUUCCUGACCCUCGAAUAGACUCUACACUGCUGCAGGAUGCUACUGUGGUCCUUAAGUCAUUAGAAGAUUUUGAACCCCAACUUUUUGGCCUUCCUGCAUAUGAUUAAUGAGUAAGAAUAAUACAUGAAUUGUAGAUAGUGUAGAGAAUUUGUAUUGAUGUUAUUUAGAUAUUCUUUUACCAUAUAAUGGUACAAUAGUAUUGUAAUACACAUUUAUUUUUGCCUUAUAAAGGUAGUAGCGUAGUUGUAACAAUCAUUACAUAUUUUCAAAAAUAAUAAUCUUAUUAUAAUUUGUUGUGAUCUUUAUCAGUAGUAAAUAUUUAUUUUUGUAUUUUAUCUUAAUAACUUAAGGACAAUUGUUAAUAUUUUAGUAUUGUAUGUGUAGUUGUAUCCAUUGUUAGUGUAGUGUAAUAAAGGUUGUUCAAUAGUGUAAGUACAAAUUAAACAAAAGAAUAUCCUAAUUUCUAAAAAGUUCUAAUUAAAUUGAAUAUUUAAGUAAAAUCAAUUUAAUACCUAAUUGAAUAAAUUUUUAUUCUAUAAAAAAUCUAAUUUCCACAAUCUGUACCUAUAUAUGUUUAAUGUUAUUCAAUUCACAUCUAGUCAAUAAAAUUGUACUUACCUAUACACAUGCUAUAUAAUAAAUAGUAAUGUUGAUAAAAGUAUAAUAAAAGAUUUUUUUACAAACACAAUAUUUAAUUUUAAACUUUUUUACAAGAUCAAAACUUAAAUAUAUAGUAGAUAAAUAAUUUUAGAAAUAUUAUUAAAAUGUGAGAACCAUAUACUAAU